GAUCGACUCCAGUUCUGGUCCUGCAUUGUCUUCCGAGUCACAAGAUAAGUUCAAUGAGCCGAAAAAAAAUUUGGACUUUAGAGAGAACCUUAUUUACUCCCAAAUUUUAAUGAAUACUAGCGAAGGAGCUGUCAAUUUCUCUGUGGACAAACAAGAUUCAGAAUUCGUCGAAACCGUCAGUAACCAUUUACGUUCUAAGUCAUCCUUGUGUGGAGAGGAUGAAGAUAAAAACGAUAAUUUAGACAAAGAGAUUAUUGUUGCUGAACGAGAAAUUGGAGAAUUGGAAAGUCACGCUCUUACCGAGUCACGGUCAAAUAGCGAAGAAUCGGAUUCAUACAAAUCAUGCGUAAGCGAAACAGAAGACCCAGCUUUGACAGCAACAUCUAACAUCUUUUUAAAACAUGAAACUCCGCCUCCUCAGUUGAAAGUUCACCAUUUUUCAAAACAAUCAAUGUACGGAAAUAUCGCGAACAGGGAUGUGCUUAUUACUUCAAAACAAAUUAAGAAAAGUCAGGAAUUGAAAAUAAAAAGCGAAGGCGCUUCUUCAAGCAGACUUAUAUCUCAUAAACCAGAAAAUCACUUAACGAAAUUGUGCACAGCGUCUCCUAACAAGAAAGUCAAGGAAAGUGCUUUUUCUACGACAAAAUAUUGCAGUGCUGCUGUAAAUAGCGACAUGCGGAAGGGUUAUGAAAACCAAACUAAUGAAACUUCUUCUCUUAUAGAUAGUGGACGAUUAACAACCUAUACAUAUGAUGCAGGAACGCAAACGGAACAAAAUUAUUUAUUCUCAGAUUUGACGCAGCAGGAAUUCACUGAAGUGAACAAAUAUCACUCAACUUAUCAUGAUGAGAUGAAACAAAACCAUCCAACGGGGAUUGCGGCGUCAUCAGCGUUAUUAAAGUCAGAAGAUAAGUCAAAAAUUAUCACGCAUAAUCCUGUCCAAUUCCAUGCCUAUUGUAACAACCAUUCUGAUAAGACCAGGAGAAGUGCUUCUUCGGCAAUAAAAUACCAAACUAUUUGUGGCAGAACGGAAAAAUCUCGCAACAAAUUACUUACAUGCCCUCAAAUUUUUCCUUCGACCAGCAAUCAACAACUGCUUACCGAUCGAGGGGUUUAUCCUGGAAUCAAAAACGAACUUCAAGGCUUUGGUAUCGAUCGUAGUUACAACAAACAGGAAAAUACUGGAGUGUCGAAGGUAGAAGCCUCUAAUUUUACCUCAGGUUUAUGCAACAAAACCAGUAAGAUUACAUGUAGUGAUAAGCGGGAAGGGUCCCUAACGCGACAAGACUUCCUUCUUGGCAAGUGUGUUGCUGCGUCAGGCAGCAGUCGCCGUCUACCAGCAUCUGACAAGGACGAGGAUAGACAAGCCGCGGGUUCUCACUUGACUGAUGCAAGAGUUGCCCGUGACUCUUCAGCCCACGCGGUUGUUGAUCUCCAGCCCAAAAAGUUGUACACGCGCCAAAAAUUUGACCAUAACUGCAGAAAUGAUGGUAAUAGGGAAAAUUUGAAUUCGUUUUUCGAUUCAAACAGUUAUAAAAAUAUUCAUAUCUCAUCUGGUCACGAAAAGAAAUUACUCAGGAGAAAUUCCGACUUAAGUCUGAGUAAAUCAGGUGAAAGUGUGACUCAGGAAAUAAAUGAAGGCACGAUUGUUUCGCAAGGUAAGACUGGUGUGGUAAAUCCUCAAGUUUUCCUCAACGAGUGGAAAGACGACAUAAAUUUGCAGAGUGACGUUUUUGAAACAGAGUUGAUUGUGAGAGAACGUAAAUUCAAAGGCGGGAAAGUAAGCACUUUGACUUCGAAAGACGAUAUCAAUAUCUUUACUGAUAAUGAUUCGAAGUCAGGAAAACCAACCGUGGUUAGUUCAACGCUCCCAGUCCCUACUGCAAUAACAGUUGGUCGAAGUGCAAGUUUCAACGACAAAUACUUGACAAAAUCGAAGCACGAAUCAAACGCCAGCUCUCUCUUGCGGCACCGGUGUCAUUCUUCAAGUAGUCAGUGUUUGUCUGGCGACUAUUUCCAUUUUCAGAACUUUAGGAGGUUUAUAAGUUCUCCUAAGCGACACAGAACAGGGGACAAAAUGGCUAAUUCCAGUCCGGUUGGAUCAGAGUCCAGUUCUUUGAGCUCAACCAUGGAGAAUAGAAAGAACAAAACGAUCCGACAGAUGGGGACUAACUUUGUCCGUAAAAUAUCAAAACCAUCGAAAAGUGAAAUCAUCUUUAAAAGAACAGAAACUUCUGAACAGAGUGGGGAGUUUCGACGGGCUAUUGCAUCUGCCACAGCUGCCUGUAACGGGAGCAUCGGUGGCGACCCCUCUUUAAUCGCUUAUGAAGAGCUUCUUAAGUUAUUCCUGUGUCCAGGAUGCCAGAUGUUGAUGUCUCCUCCUCUUCCACAGUGCCGGAAAGGACACAUUGUGUGUUCUCAAUGUAAGCUUAAUUCUAAGAACGUGUGCCCCAUAUGCAAACAACGUUACGCCGAAGGCUGCAAUGUCAUGAUGGAGCAGGUUUAUCAUCUGCUCAAGCUACCCUGCCGCUUCUCGUCUCAUGGCUGCACGCGUCUCAUAGUGCAGGCCGAGAAAACGGAACACGAAGCGUACUGCUCGCACAGGCCCGUUAGCUGCAACUACGCGAACAACGGAUGUUCUGAACAGCUGCCGUACUCGCUGAUGCUGGAACACGUCAAGACAUGCGACUUUAAAACUAAUAUUAUCGUAGGAGUUAUUUAGAUCUGUUUUAGGCAUUAAUGAAACCGAUUGUAUAUUUUUAGAGCAACUGACUUUAUGCGGAUCGUCCCAUACAUCAAGACGUUCCUUAACUGUAGGAAUAUUGUAAACGUAUUUAAAUGUCUCAGGAUUUAUGUAUUUCUGAACAUUUUAGCUCUAGUGUUAUGUCUGUUAUCAUUCUUAUGUUAACGUUUCUCCCGUUAAACAUUUUACGGUAAUUUUUCCGAAGGUUAAAUCAUUUAUAGGUCGGAAAGGGCAGGUGGUAACAGUUCAAAGUACCAGGAUUGGAGCAGCGAGUUGCGGGUUCGAUCCCAGCUUCCAGGGACAGUUCUAGUCAAAAUAUACGAAGUUGCCGGGGUGUUGAGAAUAGCAAGAUCGGGAAAAUGAGUUGCGUGUGCGAGACCCCAGUGAGCUGUGAGAUUUAUGCGAUUUCUAGAAUCAGCGACAGGUCAGAUUUGGCCUAUUGCCGUAGUCAACGCCUCUAUUACUUUAGUUGCUUAAGUUCCUUAUUGACGUUGAAUACAUCCUCAGGCGUGAGAAAAACAUCCCUAUCAUUUGAUAUCGAACAAAAUAUUUAAGCCUCUAAUGUUCUGAAAGAUGUCUGUGUUAUUUAACUUACAUUCAUAGGUUUUUCAAAGAAUCAAUUCGUAAAGAAAUUUCAGUUUACACACUAAGUUAGCUGGAUAUAAUCAAACGUUGGGUGCAAAUUCCGUAGAUUACUGGAGCACGCGUAAUUUUCAUUAUUAUUUUAUUAUUAAGUCAUGCAUUAUUUUCACUGUAUUUAUGUGUAAAUGUUUCAUUAUCAAAUAAUUUGUGUUCUCUCCAUUGGGCUCAUUAGAUUCAGUUUCAUUGAUGAAGAAUUAAACUUGAAAAUUCCCCCAAGCCUAGAAGUUUAUUCACAUUGCAAUGGCAAACAUGCUAUCCGAAUUUCACAAGUGUCAUUUCAGCCACUUCUGAAAUAGAAUCACUGUAAUUAGAACAGAACACGGGAGAUAAAUAAAAAAUUCUGAUGCAAUAAAGCGAAGGCAUAUCAAGUCGUUAAUUGAAGACGGUAGUCUCGCAACCAAGGAGCCUGACGACGGCUGAAAAAAUAGGCUUUUAAACUAAACGAAAGUUAUGUUGUCAGAGCCGGCGAAAAAAGUAAGAAAAAGUUAAAACUAUGAUUUAGGGAGGCAGUGAGAUUGUUUAUUACAAACAUAAUCUGAAGGAGUUAGAUCUCCCGACCGUCCAAAUACAGUUUUGGAAUUCGUAAGUUUACAAAAAUUUACUCGAAUAAUCCUGG